UUUUAUUCCUUAAAGGAGUCCUUCCCAGGUUACGAUCCGCCACAAUACACCGCACGAAAAAUUCAAAAGGCGCCAGUAACCGAGGCAGACCCUGACAUUAUGGAGUAAGCAAGUUAUUUCUUUUUAAAAGCUAAUAUUUAUGGCUAGUUUCACGAUAGGUAGAUAGUUAUCAUGCCCUCUUCCAUAAAAACUUCAGCCCAACGUCAACAAAAUAUUAAAGCAGGGACAAUGGAAUGAGAUUUAGAGAAGUCGACGCAACAGCCAAUCAGUGCCACAGCUGAUUUCGAAGGAACAACUUACAGUGUGAAUAAUGAAAAUAGAAACUCUUAAACCAUAAGUGACGUUCGACAUGCACAAAUAUUAACGAUGGCGAUGCUGCGAACAAUCAACGUUCCCGGGGUACUCUUUCUUCCUCGGGAGGACCCUGGGAACAUGUUGGCCGACAUCGUCUCCUGAUGAAAAUCAGUUGUAAGCGGUUGAAAUAUCGCUAUAAAGAUCAAGUGACCACUGGGAGAUAAAGCCUACAAUAAGCUAUCUGAACGACACUCACUCAUGAGUAACAGUUGUGAGUUAUUUCCUAUUUUUCGCUCAAGAGUUCUUGCAAGCUAAUGUUUUAUUCUAGUAGAAAUUAUAACAGACGGUGAUGACUUAAAUGUUUGCUUAUAUAUUUUACAUUAAUCUUAAUAAACUCUUCUAUUCCAUGUAAAUAUGUCGUCAUAUUUUUUAGAAAAAUCACGAAUUUCCCAACGUUGAGGAAUGCCUUGCGUUCGAAAGGAUUUCCCAAACGGUGCAGUUUAUUUUUCUAACACCUACAUCUUGAAUAUAGUUUAGAAGAUUUCAGAUAUCGACAGCAACUAGAUACGCGCUGGUUGGAAAUUUGAUUAGAGAAAUGACAAGUUCAGAUCGGAAGUAGUUUGCUUAGUUUUUGCAAAUUUCUUUCGACCACUGUUUAUCCUGUGUCAGUAUGGUAUUAACCAAUAGUUCGUCUCUACUUUCAGCCCUACUAACAAGAGUUUGGUCAUCAAAUUUAACUCCGACGAAGAUAUGAUAAACAGACGAAGCCAUUGUGGGGAGAUUGAAGUGGUCGAUCGGUUGCCUAGGUAAUAGUGUGCCAUUUUUUUUGCAUCGCUAAAAGUGGACGGAGACUGCCAAUAGAACAAACACCACUAAAUCGAAAUCAACUGUUAUCAGCACUGUACAAACGACUAAUCAGGCACUUAGCAAGGAGUACGGAGGGUCUAAUACGGUGAACGGAAGUAAUUUUUCUCCAGCCACCCGUCAAUGCCUCAAGUAGGGAGUUUAAGACACCUCGACGGCUAUGGCGGUAAGAACGUCGCUUACUAGUGAAUUCACGUUCUAUCCCGCCCCAAUAAUUCCAAUUCGCUUACUUUGACAAAUGUUGGCGAACUCUCCUGAAGUUGAAGACUUGCAGUGACCCCCGCGGCAAAGAAGUGUACCACUUAACAUAACUAAGAAAGUGCGAUGCAUGGGCAAAUUCAGGAUUUGCUUGUGUUUUACCAGCCCUUAUUUACACCACUUGAGGUUCUUUCCCUUCAACCGUAUUUUGUGUCUUUCGCUGUAUUUUUCACUUGGGUGUCGUACCUGACACUGAAUUUGGGGCUCAUGAUAAAACACAAGCGUUCUUAAAUUUCCAAGGUUGACCAAACAAGAAUAAGGGCCUGUGCAAUAAUUACCUGGAGGCGGGGUUGGAAAAUUAGAGGGGGGAGGGGGGUCAUGGGAGAAAAUGACAACAAGAGAGAGGGGGUGGAUGUAAAAUUUAAUACAUACGGGGGGGAAUUACUUUUCAUUCCUUUUUGCAAACUGGAAAAGUAGUGGGAGAGUUAUCAGAGUUCAAAUAUAAAUACUAACAUUGGAAUGAAACUGACAAAUUUAUCAACUCUAAGGUGUUCUGAUCUAUGAACUGUUGUUUUCCUAUCUGUUAUGCAGUAUGAAAGGAAUGCCUCUGUUAUACAUGUUAAAACAGUGCUACUUUAUUUGCACUAGGAUUUAAUAAAACAGGAAACUUUAAUUAAAAGUUGCAAAAGUAGCACUAUGAUGUUAUUCACUGAAAAAGAAAGAUGCCAAUGUUAGCACACAUGGCAUCAUAAUUUAGCAGAAUGAAAAACCCAGCUGUUGAAAUUUUAAUAGAGAUACAAAUUUAAAGUAUGGUAAAUAAGACACAGUAUGAUUAAAUUGAGCUUCAAAAAAAAGAAGCUCAAUCAGACAGGAAUUCCUGAGUUCUCACCCACGCACGCGGGAACCUUAGUGCCAAAGAUGCUGUAGAAGAUGAGGAAUCUCCCAAUUCAUGCGAAGACGACACAAGCUCAGAGUCCAGUGAGUUAUUUGAAGUGAUGUUUGUACCGGAGGAAGAAAUCCAACAAGUAAACUAGGUAUAAGCGAAUCGAUGGGAGAAGACUUUUUUUAAGGGUGUGUGGGGGGGGGUGUUAGCCUUAAUAUUAUCAUUAUGUGAGGGGGGCUUGAAAUUAAUUUUUGCUUAAUGAGAGGGGGGUAUAUGACUUGGUUUUGGGGCAUAUUUCACCCAUUUUCCACCCCCCUCUCUAGGUAAUUAUUGCACAGUCCCUAAAAUGCGUAUGUCUUGCAAUUCUGUUUCAAAUAUACACUGGCGUUCCAAUCAUGUAAAACAACUAAGUACAACGAAGUUUAAUCAACAAAUCACGGAGAACUUUGCACGUGCAUGUUAUUGUUUUUUCUACAUUUUUUCGCCAUCAAUGCACGACCUCGACGUGAAAUUGUCUAAUUUCACGUUUUAUGGAGGACGUAAUCAAACUAUGCAGGGGCACCCAACGAGAAGAUAGUUCAAAACCACUUAAACAUAGCAUUGUUAAACGUAUUUUAGUAUUUAAACGGUAGAUAUAGGCAUAUUUUUAUCCCCUAAAAUUUUUUUACCUGUUCAGAUUUCCUAGCUGAAAGUCUAGUGAUCCGAAAAUUAUUGGGAUCAAAACUUACCUUUUCGAAAACUGAUUUCAGCCCGAAAAAAGGCUCCCGAAAAUUCUAGGUGACCUUUUUAGGGUAAAAAUCCGUUAAAAAUAGGCAAUUAUACCAUUUUUUAAAUGUUCGAAAAUCCUAGGAGAGGCAGGCAAGCAAAAAAUUUUACAACAAAUGUUUCGAAAAUUCUAGAUCUCAAAUCGUCUUCCGAACAGAUAUUCUUCCGAAAAUUGUCGUUGGGUGCCCUGACUAUGAUGAACUUUUUCCCCUUCUGAACUUGGAUUUGGGUUUCGCCUACAUUUUACAAAGUAAGCGACUUGCAAUAAUCGGGUAAAAGUUUGAAAGAAUGCAAAUUCACUUUUAAUCAAAAAGCAACGUUUUGACCGCUGUCGCUUUAUCUUAUCUCGAGGCAUUGACGUGUGGUGGGAAAGUAUUACUUCCGGACACCGUAUUAGACUCAUCUGUAGACCCAUCUUUACUCCUUACUUUAAGUCCCCAUUGACGGACUCAGCGAAACGAGCAACGAUGGAAUUACUGAACAACUGACAAUUUCACUAACAAUAUACGAACGUUAAACUGUAUCGAAACGCGAUAACCUCACUACUUAACUGACAGACGACCAAUAACAUCAGGCCUUAAUUGACCAAUCAGGUCAAAAACUAGAGUUUAAUACCAUCAACUGACGAGAUACAACUCACUUUGUCUCUGAAGACGACUACCGCACAGGUUAUCGAAACGUAGGUAAUUGUAAUCAACAGUGCUAUUCAGGACUACAAUGACCAGGACGAUCAUAUUCGACCAACGGAUUACUUAUUUUUAUUAUCGUUUAUCUAGGGAAUUGUAUAAUCUAACUAACAUGAGUUGUUGGACGAAUUGUAGCGACAAGCUGCAGCCAAAGCAUGAUCAUUUUGACUUCCUUCAAGAAACGCAUAAAGUCAAACCAGUUCUCGAUCCACCUGAGCUUUUUCUGCUUUUUCACACCAGGAUAUUGCCACCCCGCUUCACCUAUUAAAACGUAAUAUCUUGCAGCAUCUCACGCACAAUUAAAAAAGCAUUCCUGAGAUAUGCAGGGAGCGUUUAACAAUUCAAAUGGGAGGCAAUUGAAUAUAUUACAAUGUGGUAGGAUCGAUGACUCCAUUGGCUGCACAUUUACCUAGUUAGUUACUAGGCAUUAAAGCUGAGCAACACUUCGAAAAACAUUCGAGAGAUAGCUUUGGUAAAAUCAUGAACAUAGACGGGUUGUAAAAUGUUUUUCUCCCUUAUAUCUUAAUGCUAUACAUACAUACUGUACAUACAUCAUCUAAGCAACUUGAAGGGUACUAACAGUAAGAUGUAUCUUGGUUCCAGAAACCCUGUUGGCAGAACUGGUAUCACAGGACGUGGUUUGUUUGGUCGAUGGGGACCCAAUCAUGCAGCUUAUCUUAUCAUCACAAGGUCGUGUCUCUGAUAAUUUACAGGAGAACUUAAUUAAGUAAAGUAAAGUCAAAAGUCAAAACUUUAUUUACCCUGCAGAAUGAGUCAGUAAUACAGUAAAGUACUGCUGGUAUAAAUUCAUGUGCAGCCAAAAUUUUUACAUCUAAAUAUAUAUAAAACAUGAUAAAAUCUGAAGUAAAGAAAAUACGCAUUUAAAAUAAAAACGUAAGAUCCGUAGCAAUUACAUGAUACAGUACAUGAUGAUGAUAAAAAUGGAUAUGCAGUCAAGUCAACUACUAAGGCUUUCCGCCCAACACUAAUGGUCACUUUUAUCUGCUUUCAGCAGGAAAGUAUAAAUCUUGGACUUAAAUGUGUUAAUUAAAAGUUGUCUAUUGAUCUUAGCCAUUCAUUUCGGUAAAAGGUUCCUGUCACUGGCAGCGGAAUAUUGAAAUGUUUUUUGACCCAAUGCGGAUUUCGCGCGAGGAAGAUUGAAAAGAUACUUGUCCCUUAAGGAUCUUGAAUGUAUAGUGUGCCUAGUAGGAAGAUACGAGAUAAAGUGCUCGAAACAGUUAACAAUUAUUCGCCAAAGGCAAAAGUAAUAUUGUUGGAUAAUCUCCGCGACUUCGUCUCGGGGAUUAUUUAACAAUGUUUACUGAGUUUGAAAAGAAUAAUUGUUUAGUACAUGCACACGAAGUGAUCUCAACAGCCAUUAAAAACAAGGAUUAGUUUGAUUGACAGGUGAAUUCAUGUGUGAACAUGUAGCCGUAAACAGUAGAUGCGUAAAAGUUAGAUCAUUACACAGUGGCGAAUCCAGAGGAGGGGCCCCGGGCGCCCGCCCCUCCCCUUAUUUUUAGACCAAACUGAGGCCCGAAGGGUAGAAAAAAUUUUUUUGGAGACCGGUCCUCCCUCCCCCUUAUCUAAGGGUCUGGAUGAAAUUUGAAGGUCUGGAUCCGGCACAGUUACAGGAUCUUCAAACAUGGCAAAUCCUUAUUUUGAUCUUUUUUUUUAUGCUUUAACAUCAAUGGAUUAAAAGAAAACGUCUAAAGUUUAAAUUACUACCCCUACUGAGAAGAAACGUAGAGCUUUAUCUGCUUCUGUCAAGUCACUGUGAAUAAGAAAGUUUUUUGUCGCUUCUUGCAAAUGCUCUACACAGCGGCGGGCGACCCUAAAUCGAUUUCUACACUCCAGAUUGCUCUGACUAGCAUAAGGGAUAAGCGCCUCGCGAAAUAUUCUCGCGAGAAAUUUGAGAAAGAUUCCAACUCAUUGACAUUUCAACAGUUUGACAGCCGAAAUCUAAUUAUCUCAAAGGUGCCAAAAAUGGGCGGAAGAGGGUCGUAAAAUAAAUGAUUACAGGCUCUCUAUCCCUUCCCUUUUCCUUCUUCCCGCCCCUUUCGCAUUUUCCCCACUAUCUGAGAGCCUGGAACAGGCUACGAUAUCUUUCAUACAUUCAUCCAGUUAUUCAGUUGUCCGUUAAUUCUUUUAUCCCUUUGCUCAUUUAUGUGUACACUUUUUCUUUCACAUUUUUUUACACUAUUGUCUAGAUGGAAGAUGGACGCAAAUAAAACGAUUGUGCAAAAGAAGGGCAAACAAGUUCUGGAAUUUGUGACCCUUAAAAGCCGGACUUUUGGGUAGGUCCUCUUUUGUUAAAUUGUGGGAAUUCAGCUACCUUUUUCGAGUGAUAAUUCUUUCCCUGACUUUCAGUCUUCACCGGAGCUCAAGGGUGCUAAAAAAGAACAUUUCUUUUCUUUCCAUUGCUCUUAUGUCGUGACAAAUAAAGUAAAAAAUUAAAGUAUUGCAUGGGAUAUAAUCUUUUAUUACAAUUUUAUUUAUUUAUUUUUUUGACAUAGAAGGAAGACUAAUGAAUUGGAUUUGGAGAUUCCUGGGGUAAGGUGCAUUUUUAUGAUAUCUGUGCCACAGGUGUGCUUUAGCAGACCAUAAUAACGCUGACGUAGCGAGCGAAGGUUACAAAGGUAGCGGGACGUAAGUUUCCAAACCAGCUCCCAUUCUUGCGGUGUGCAUGUAUAAACGAGCUAAGUCAGCAAAUUAAACUAAACUAGGCACCAAAACGAGAGAAACAUAAGAAUAACUUCUUAAAACACUAAAGAAAGAUUUGAAUGACAAAGCAGACAAAAGCAGUUUUUUAAAGUCCAUUGGUAUUAUUGUAGCUCAGAAUUAAUUUUUCGAAGGCAUGCUUGUUUGGUACAAAAUCGUGACCUUGUUAUUCACAAAUAAUUUCUUCGCCAACGUCAAGGUCCAUAGCGAGUAAGGGCGAGUGACUGGCAAUUCAAAACAAACUGGACUGAACACAGUCUUCUUUAAGACUUGUUACAAUCAUUACAGUCUAGUACUGUAAUAACUGAACACCUAAGCUGCUCCCAUAGUUAAGGGUUCACAGCUCAGUCAAUGAUAGAAAAACGCAAAGGUAGCAGUUAUUGUUAACAUUGCGUUCUCCAUAACUCAAGCGAGAAUCACUGUAUGAUUUUUUUGUGUUUUGUUCGAAUUUUUCCACACUUUUUAAUAACAUAUUUAUCGAAAAUAUGACGCUACCCUUUGCUUAAGAAACUGCCAUCUACAAGUCGUAUCUCUAUCCAGUCAAUUCCAAACCGCGAUCACCCCCCGGGCAUAUCCCGGGUAUUUGAGUAGAGUUUAGUUCCGUACAUGACCCAAAAUGAUGCCCGACCGGUCGGGCAUUUGAAUUUCGUAUCACAAUGUUGCUCAGCAGUCGCAAGCAAAAAGAUUUAGUUUUUUUUUUUUAAAUUCAGAAUGUGCAUGCACCACUUUCACGGAUCAUUGCUCCCGUUGAUCAAUUGUGAUUCCAUUUUGGUUUUUCUUCUUAUUGUUAUUAUAUACCGCCGUUUAUUUAAUAUACCUUUGUUCAGAGCCUGGAGUGAAGCUAUGGUUUUUUGUUACUUUUAAUAAUGUUUCAUAGUUAUUUUCUGAAUCAGAAAAAGCGAUAAAUGAUUAGUCACUGUAUUUAUUUAUAGAUAUAUGGUAAGUUUAUUCACUGUUGGAGAAUUUGAGGGCCUUUAAAAAGCCCGUUAAAAGUGGUCUUUCUGAAGCGAGCAAUUUUAUUGAAAACAACCUCUGUAAGACAGCUAUCAGAGACUUUACAUAGUUCGGUUGUGUUUAGUAGGAUGUUUACAUUUGAAUAAGCGGUUCGAUGCAUGGGAAAAUUUUUUAAUAGUCGCUUUAAUUCAUUGUGAUUGGAGUAAGGAAUUUGACUAUUUUUUAACCUUGAGCUGGUGGGGCAUUUGACCAUCUAAACUGCCAACAUACCGGGAAAUUUGACCAAACCUUUUCAACAGUAUUGCGCAAUAAAUUAAAAUCAGUUGUUUACUUUCUCAGGGUAUGAUUGAGGCCUACGAUUCAGUGUCGCGAACAUUGAUAAAAUCAUUAAGGGAAAGAACUAUACCAUGUCUUAAACCCACCAUCGCCGAAGGUACUUUGGAGACACGUGUGCGUAAAAUAAUCGAAACUUCUGAAGAGGUUAGUUUUAGAUAGUAUGGAAUUUCUUUCGUAGAGUCGCAGACGUUCCUCUGCCCGAAACGUCCCCAGCGGCGAAUAGCGAGGAGAAACGGCUUUUUCCGCAGCCUAGAAACACGGUGGAAUCUCAUUAAGUUGUAGUGGUAUACAUUAGCCCUGAUGAUGUCAUAGCCUUUUGUCUAUAUCUAAUGAAUAAAGCACGGUGGAAACUCAUUAAGGUAACAUAGCGGGCUAUUUUUAGUUGCUAUAAAUAGUUUCACAGGUUUUAGAUCGAUGAUGUUAUAGUUUUUUUUCAGUUGUGUGCGUCAUCCUAAUAUUUGGUCAUGAUGUCAACAAUGACUUGAAAUCACUAAGCCGUAAUGUAAUUAUAUGAGUUCUAUUUUCUGCCGCCUUUAUUGUCCAUUAAAGACAACGAAUUUUUGUAGUUCCGUUUUACUGAUUUUUGGAGCGCACAUUAUACAUAUUGAUGAGGGCGAACGCAAACUUGCUAUUUCCAUCACUAAACACAACUUUUUACCAAGCCCUUUCACUAUCCUACGCCCCCACAAUUCAAUUAUUUCGUUCCUCGUCCUUUUUAUUGUUUCCCCUUAUCCUCCUUUUCAUCUCUAUUUUUCUUCUUCUCCCUUCUCCUGCUUCACUAAAACAAUAUCGACCCUACAUCGAUCCCAUGUCACUCCUACAACACGAAUGAGGAGGAGGAGAAAAACAAUGCAGAUGAGGCGAAAUUAGGAUGUGGGUGAACAAUAGAAACAAGGAGGUGGAAAAAGAGGGAAACAAUAGAAAGGUGGUGGCGCUGGUGGUGCAGGGAGAAUAGUAGAAAUGUGGUGGCGAAGCAAAGGGGAAAAAUUAAUCAAGGAGACGUACGAAGGAGAGAGGGAUAGCUAUAGAGUUGUUUUCAGUACUAGAAAUAGCUAUUCGCCACGAAUCAGUGAGCCAAAACUGGAAUGGUUGGUUGUCUGUAACGGACAAUGAAAGCGGCAGGGAAUAGAACUUGCAUAAUUACGAUACAGUUAAGUGAUUUUAAGCAACUAACCAAACAACUAUGACAUCAUCGAUUUAAAAGCCUGUCAAACCGGUCUGAAGCAACUAAAAAUAACACGUGACGUUAUGGUAACGAGUUUUCACCCCAUUUUAUUCAAGAUAUAAAGACGAGAGCUGAGGCUAAAACUCCAUCGCUGUUUAUGUACUAUUAGUGAACUUACACCGAACUUAGACGGGAGGAAAGAAGACGGCGAGCCUUGUGUGACAAACGUGACAAUAAUUUUGUUUGAAAUAACUUUUCGCCAAACUUCACUUUCCUUAAAACACAGGGUCGGCAGGGGGUCUCGUGUAAAAAUACCAAAAUUAAGAACAACACGGUAUACUUUUUACCUAAAACUGGUCAUGAAGGAAUACUUUAUACCCAAUUAUAAGAAUAAAAAUAGUGUAUAACUGAAAUUAAAGACUCCAAUAUACUGUUUACCCAAAACCUCUGGCAGACCCUGAAAACAGAUAUUUUUUUAAAGACCACAAUACUUUAAUUUUAAGUGAAGAUCAAGACAAAACACGCAAGUAAUACCCCUGUCACGUUUGUCACACACAAGCGUUUUGCCGUCCUCUUCUUACCACCUUCCUGUUGCGUAAACUCAAUAGAGCAAUUUAGCAACAGAACGGGAACGUCAGUUGACGACUGCGCACGCAAAUCAAACAACUGGAUUGACCAAUGGCAGAACGGCAAAUUGGGCACCGGAAGUCGAGUUUAGUCCUCUCCGCUCGCUUUCCCGUCGUCAAAUGACGUUUACGUUCUGUUGCUAAAUCAGCCUGCUAUUAGGGAGUUUAAGAUACGAAGACUACGGACUACGAACUACGGCUGGACGAGCGUUGUCCUUUGUUCGUAGCACUGGGUUGAGUCGUGCAAAUAUAGAACGUUAAGAUUGCACUACAGACAGUAGACUACGAGAGAAGAGGCGGAGAGGGAAACAACACGCAAAGAUUUUCUUGUUUUCAUCAGUUUACAAAAAUGCAAGUCAGUUUUGCAUGUGAUCUUAUCUUUGGAACAAUGAACAAAUUCUUUCAUACUUGAAGGAAGCAAUUGCGUCGGGUGAAAUUGGUAAACAAAAUUUUGGUUACACAGUUUUUAUUUUUUUCGCCCAUGAAUUCUUAUGUCAAAUGUUAAGGAAACAGACAGAAAUAGUAAUAGCUCAUUUAUUAGAUUUAGAAGAUGGACUUCUCCCACUACUGAUCUGAUUUAGUUUGAAGUAUCGAAAUGCCGAGUUUCGAUUGUCUCGAAGAUGUUUACAUCAUUUUUAUUCAGCAAAUGCGAUACAAAAACUCGCAUAAUCAACAUUUGACGAACUGAACGAGAAGGAAUAAUCGCGAUAAAGUUUGAAGCAGCACGACUUCACUUUUUAAGUGGCGUUUUCGUAGCCGUUGGCGUCUUUGUUGCUUAAACUGCCAAUUUUUCCACACGUUAAUGAGUUUCCAUCGCAAAAAGGGAUUUAUUUUAUCCCUACUAUACUACUAGUACGUUUUCUAUUGUACAAAGCUACUUCAUUACAAAAGACCCUGAUCAUCAGCACUCUGCUGCGUCUGCACAAGCUACAUGGUUCCCUUCGCUUUUAUGACUGCCAAAGAAAUGCCUUGUCACUUUCUCAGCGACUGGGAAUAAAACCCACACCAAUCGUGAUUUGCUUCUACUCGUUUCAUCGCGAUUGACCAAAGCGGCCAAAAGCAUUUUCCGCCGUUCAUGUAAGACGCUGCGUGUGUUAUAGUAGAGUGAUUAUAGCGGAGCACCAAGGGUAAGAAAUUUAGUUAACUAUGCAUCCAACAAAGUUUGGUUCUGAGAAAAUCGUCCGUACGUACAACCACGCCUUCAUGUAAGCCGCGGUGAAAUUUGGCAUUUCAAGCACCCUCGCGUUUCGACGGUAAAUUGCAUAGCCACCCGGACUUUUAGAUAUAAACAACAACAACAAAGCCGAUUCUUUCUUUGGACUGAAUUUUAACGUUUACAUUGACGUGGAAAACAGAGAAAGAGCUAGAGAGAGAGAUAAAAAACAAAAGAGAUCAAUUUUGUUGGAGGAAAGACAUGAAAAUUUUAUAGCGGCGGUGAGAAAAUGAGAAAUGCUAGCGGCCACCAAGAUGAAAAUGUGCAGUAACGGAAAAAAGGUAAACAGGAACACACAUACUAGAUUUCCUCCAUAAAACGCGUAAUUAGUAAGUUUCUGGAAGUUUCUCGUUUAAUAUAGUCGUGCAAAACAACUUCAAGGAAAUGUACAUAAAAAGUGUGUUGCACGUGCAAAGUUGUUUUUUUUUUUCCUAAUUAGACCUACUGAUUUUGAGGAUGCCUAUACACCGAGCCAGGACUUCGAGCCAGGAGUCGACGCAGGACUCGGCAAUUUUUCGCUUUUCCACCAUUUUCACCUCCUACAAGUCACAUAACCAUUAAGAGGACGGUUAGGGCUAGAGGUUAGGGUUAGGUUAUAAUUAGGGUGAGGGUUAGGGUAAGGUUAGAGGGUUAGGGUUAGGUUAGGGUUAGGAGGUUACAAGUUAGGUUAGGAGUCAUUUUUGCUCCUUUUAUUUUACUUUUGUUUAUUUGUUUAUUAAUUAUUUUUACUUAGUUUUUUGCAGAAAGAUUAGAAAGGUCGUAACUGGAGUCCCUGCUCGAGUCCAGGCUCGACGUCCUGUUUCGAGUCCUGGCACUAGUCCUGUCUUUGAUGUUACUUUAUCUCCUGAAUUGUUUUGGCUUCUUUUGUUGCCUUUGCCGCUUAGUAUUAUACGACUUUAUAUUUUGUUUGAGUAAACUAUAGAUAUAAGCGAGAGCUUCGCUUUUAGCCCUGGUUAAAUCUGUACAUUAGCUCUGGUUCUGACUUAAAGAAUACUCGACCUAAAUUCGAACCAUAAAAUAAAAUAUCCGGAUUGUAGGUUUACAAAGGAUACUUGGAUGACCCCAGAAAUACAGACAAUGCCUGGAUGGAAACAGUGACUAUGAAUUUCCAUGAUGAAACCAGAGAGACACUCGGAGAUUUCGAGUUUGAGGUAUGAUAAACGUAACAAGUAGAUGUGACUUAAACCGUCAUAACUGAUUUGAAUUUUGAAAACGAGAAGUACUAAAGUCCCGUCCUGUGGAACAAAUUUUGUGAUAAAUAAGUACCGUAACCGCUAGGUGCGGUGCAUGUUUGAAAACAAUGCAUAACAAAGAAGUAGACAGUUCGUCCCAUAAACUUAGGCCUGGUUCAGACGCAGUACUUCUCAUGCGCAGAACCUAAUUGAAUAAGUUCGACUUUGGAAGCGACGCUGGCGCGACAUCUGAUUCAGACGGCGCACCGUGUGUCGAGCCUGUCACGAUCGACAAAAUUUCGACAGACUCUGUCGAACUUAACGCUUUUGCCGCACCAAACUAAAACUGCCGUGCCAAAUUGAUUCAGGCGCCGCUCUUUUGCCGUAUUUAAUUGAUCAGUUAGGUUCGACACAUGAGUAGAGCGGCGUCUGAACCAGGUCUUGUGACAACUUUGUAAAGAAAGACGCUGCUGCUUUAUUUUACUUUUCAAAAACUGCAUUUUCUUCCCAUUAGGAAAAAACGGGUGUCGACUACAGCGUCAACUGGCAAGAUGUCAGCAGUCAAAUCAACUUGCAAGCCAAUCAUUCGUUUAUCUUGCACAAGGUGGCUAUGAUAAAUGACGCAUACUUUUGA